GUAUAUUUGGGUUGUCAUAUUAAUCUAUCUUAGCUGUCGUCCCGGCUCGAUGAAGACGGAAGUGUUUCCGACGCUCGCGCUCGCCUGGAGGCAGUAACAGAGCUGCCAGGGCAUCCAAGUAUUUAUCACGCGUAGGACUAUCAGGCGCCACCUGCAAUGAUGCUUGGGGCCGGCUCUGGCUGUCUGCAAUUCCAACUGCAGGCACCUCAGCAGCCACCCAACCUGGUGUUCGGCUGGCUCGGAGGGCGAUGUGGCGGCAGUGGCGGGCCGCCUCCCCCGCUCGCUAGCAUGCUGCUAGUCAGCGGCCUGGCGGAGGCGAGGGCGGCGGAGGCGAGGGCGGAGGCUGGUGGGGGUCUCCGAAGCUGCUGCAAGGAGCUGCGGCAGCGGGAGGGGCAGCGGGAAGGUCAGCGGGAGGAGCGGCAGCGGCAAGGAAGGGGUGCAGGAGCGGAGGGCAGUGAGCAGCAGCAGCAGCAGCAGCAGUGGCGGCGGCGGUUGCAGGGCUUGUCAGGCACUUGGGUCAAGGACCGCGAGAGGUCGGGCAGCAUGGAGGCCGCACUGGACAUGGUGCACCUCAACGGCCUCGUACGGCAGGCGGUAAAGCUGGUGCGGGGGGUGCGCAUCGAGCAUGACUCGGAGACCUUCAUCUUCGCAGUCUUCAGCGUGGUGUCGUGGUUCAAGGUCAAGGAGGUCUACCCGCUCAGCGGCGAGCCGCGGCGCCACCGCCGGAGGGACCUGCGGAGAGGCGGGGCGCAGGGCUGGGUGGAGCCGCUGGGGCCCAGCCUGCAGAUCCAGCAGCGGUGGAGCGACCCGUGGGGCGGUCGCGGCACCGACUACUUCCGACUCGUCUCGGAGGACGAGCUGCACAUUGAGUCCGUACUUCAGGUUGGCGGCCAGACCGCAAAGUACGUGACGGUGUACAACAAGAAGCACGACCGCUGACACCGGCAACACCUCGCCAGUCACCACAACUGCCUGUCACAGCAGCAACAGGAGCGCCGCAUUGCAGUUGCCGGCGCCGCCCACUCGGAGCAACACCCCCCCCCGGUGAGUGGCGGGUCUGAGGUCAGCAGGGCCCUGCCAUGACGUGGCGGAGGCCGGCAUGCACGACUGGCGGCUCGAGGGCCCUGCGCGGCGGCCCGGCAGCAAGCCGAGCCGCAUGACUGACUAGGCUGGUGUGGGAGCGGCGGUACGCCCAGUCAUGCACGGCGCGAGUUGACAAGCAGGAACCGUUGAUGAUGCAGUACACGUUCUCUUA